UUCAGGAUCUGGAAUUUGGGGGACACCCCCACCCCACCUCCUUGGUGUGCAUUCACCCCCAGCUCGCGUGAGCGUGGUCCACGCAGUUCCCGGGAAGCCAACGUGGAGGAGCAAACUUUGUCCCGGGAGCCGCGCGCCCUGGGGGGUACGGGGCACUGCGCAUGCGGAGCUCCAAAUUCAAACAGCUGUGUGCAAAGGCUGCAGGGGCGGGUGGACCCGGAGCCGCGGGGACUUUAGGGGACGCUUUCUCUAAGGAGGUGGCUGCUCCGGAGCCAUGGUGGACCGGGGUCCCCUGCUCACCUCGGCCAUCAUCUUCUACCUGGCCAUCGGGGCGGCGAUCUUCGAGGUGCUGGAGGAGCCGCACUGGAAGAAGGCCAAGAAAAACUACUAUACGCAAAAGCUGGAUCUGCUCAAGGAGUUCCCGUGCCUGGGCCAGGAGGGCCUGGAUAAGAUCCUGCAGGUAGUGUCCAAUGCCACAGAUCAGGGUGUGGCCAUCACAGGGAACCAGACCUUCAACAACUGGAACUGGCCUAACGCAAUGAUUUUUGCAGCCACAGUCAUCACUACCAUUGGUUAUGGCAAUGUGGCUCCAAAGACCCCAGCCGGGCGCCUCUUCUGUGUCUUCUACGGACUGUUUGGGGUGCCGCUGUGCCUGACAUGGAUCAGUGCCCUGGGCAAGUUCUUUGGUGGACGUGCCAAGAGGCUAGGCCAGUUUCUCACCAGGAGAGGCAUGAGCCUGCGGAAGGCACAGAUCACAUGUACGGUCAUCUUCAUCGUUUGGGGAGUCCUGGUCCACUUGGUGAUCCCGCCCUUCGUGUUCAUGGUGACGGAGGAGUGGGACUACAUCGAGGGUCUCUACUAUUCCUUUAUCACUAUUUCUACCAUUGGCUUCGGGGACUUCGUGGCUGGUGUGAACCCCAGUGCCAACUACCACGCCUUAUACCGCUACUUUGUGGAGCUCUGGAUCUACCUGGGGCUGGCCUGGCUGUCCCUGUUUGUCAACUGGAAGGUGAGCAUGUUUGUGGAAGUUCACAAAGCUAUUAAGAAGAGGCGGCGGCGGAGGAAGCAGUCCUUCGAGGGUUCCAUGCACUCCCGGAAGGCCCUGCAGAUGGCUGGAAGUCCGGCCUCUAAGGACGUGAACAUCUUCAGCUUCCUAUCCAAAAAGGAAGAGACCUACAAUGACCUCAUCAAACAGAUUGGAAAGAAGGCGAUGAAGACAACUGGGGGUGGGGAGAGGGUCCCAGGACCAGGACCUGGACCUGGACCUGGACCUGGACCUGGACCAGGGCUGGGACCUCAAGGGGGUGGGCUGCCCGCCAUCCCUGCAUCCCUAGCACCCUUGGUAGUCUAUUCCAAGAACCGUGUGCCCAGCUUGGAAGAAGUAUCCCAGACUUUAAGAAGCAAAGGCCAUGUAUCAAGACCAGCUGGUGAAGAGGCUGGGGUGCAGUCCCCCAAGGAUGGCUCCCCAACCUCCAAGGUGUUUAUUAACCAGCUAGACCGCAUCACUGAGGAGGGUGAGCCAUGGGAGGCCCUGGACUACCACCCACUCAUCUUCCAAAACGCCAAUAUCACCUUUGAGAAUGAGGAGGGCGGCCUCUCCGACGAGGAGACCUCUAAGUCCUCGCUGGAGGACAACCUGGCCCCAGAGGAAGAGCCCCAGCAGGGGGCCGUGGCCGAGGCACCCCUGAACAUGGGUGAAUUCCCCUCGUCGGAUGAGUCCACUUUUACCAGCACUGAGUCAGAGCUCUCUGUGCCUUAUGAGCAGCUAAUGAACGAGUACAACAAGGCAGACAGUCCCAGAGGCACGUGAGGCGGGGCCGGCUCCCCACCUGGCCUCCGAUGGCUUCAUCCCCUCAUCCGGGUUGUCCUGUGACGGUCAGACCUCCGGGGGGACAGGCCUGGAGCUGGGAAUGGGGAGCCAGGGGCCUACCUUUCCUUCUGUCCUCGCCAGCUGGUUGCUUUGAUAGAACACGGUGUCGGCCCAGGACAGGCUUCUCCAUUCUGCAGCUCAGCGGGGAGGGCACUGUCCUGAGCCUGCCCAGUGGGUAGAUCUGAUGACUAGAGGCCUGUAAGUUGCAGCGCUAACCCUGGAAGGCCUGUGUCUGCUGCAUAAGUCUUCCCCUGGUAAUCGGUUGAACGUCACACGGUUCUUUAAGGCCAGGAGCCUCUGUUAUCUGAGUUUACCAGUAUUAAUGGGUAACUCCUGUGUGUCUGGCCUUGGGCUAGACACUUGGGAGCAGGAAGGAAGAGUUUGUAAAACCUGGGGUCGGCAUGUAGGAGUGAUUCUAGGGAGACUGAUGAGGGUUUUGGGUAUCACUAGAAGAACCUCUCUGCCCACCUAUUAAUCAUUCUGCCCAGCAAACCCCUUACUGCAAAUCUCAGUAAGAACAGAGGCUGCUGAAGUACUGUGUCCCCUGUGUGACCCAGAGCCACGUCUCAUCUCCAGACUCCCACUGUAUAAGCAACAGCAGGCCUAUAGCCUUCUAUGCCCUGGGAGUGAAAGAGAAAAGGGGUCUCUGGAAGCUGGGACUCCAAGGCUUGGUCCAGGAGCUCAGGUGGGAAACACAGUUUAAUGAAAUUUCAUACUCCAUCCGGGCCUGGGCACCUACACUCCCAUCCCACCAUCUCAUUCCCUUGGGUCGCCUCCCCUUCCAGGUUGUACUCCUCACUCUCUUAGAGGGGCUGGUGGGCUGAUGCCAAAUUGUUCUUGGCUCACAGAACUGUGAAUUGAGCUCCUCUCCAGGGUCUGUGUAGUGUGUAUGUGAUUGUGCGCAUGGGUGCAUGUGUGCCAGUAGGUGUGUGUGUGCAUUUGGACUGGGGAGAAAAAAAAUGUGAAUCUUACUUGGACCGGACGCUGUUCCUGGUGAGGGCUGGGUAGAACUAGCUACUGUCUUAAGUCCUUGAGGCUCACCCUUCAACCAGCCUAUGCUGCCCUGAAUGUUUUUGUUAAUUUUUUUUAAUGAACUGUUGUUUUUAUAGCCGAAAUCUGUCGAUUUCAGAGCCAGUAAA